AGCAACGCUGGCUGACAUUGAAGCACAUUAUCAGAACCCAACACUACCUUAUCCUAAGGAAGACAACACUCUCUUGUAUGAAAUCACAGCUUACCUGGAAGCAGCUGGCAUUCACAAUCCAUUAAAUAAGAUCUACAUAACAACAAAACGUCUGCCAUAUUUUCCCACUGUCAACUUCCUAUUUCUCAUUUCCCAGUUUCCGAAACUUCAGUACAACAGAAAUUUAGGAGUGGUGUGCAAGCGGCCGGCUGAUCAAAUUGACUGGCUUCCUUUAGUCCUGGGACUCCUUACCCUGCUGAAACAGUUUCACUCCAGAUACACAGAACAGUUCCUGGCCCUGAUCGGUCAGUUCAUUCGUUCAGCGAUGGAACAGUGCACGAGCCAGAAGAUACCAGAAAUGCCUGCUGAUGUAGUGGGUGCCCUCAUGUUCCUGGAAGAUUACAUUCGCUACACGAAGUUACCCAGAAAGGUUGUCGAAGCACACGUGCCUAGCUUCAUUUUUGAUGAAUUCAGAACUGUUCUGUGA